AGCCUCCUCUCCUCCUUUUCCCUCCUCCUCCUCCUGUGCUUCCCUCCCCCUCUCCACCAGCUCCUCCCCCAGCCCUUGUGCGGGACUCCAUUUUCCCAGCCCCAAAGUCUCCAAGGAAAGGGGCCCUGGGAGCGCGCAUCCAAGAUGGAAUAACCAGCCUUUUCUCUUAUUUUUUUUCCUGCUCACCCACUCCUCCUUUUUUUCUUGACUUGGGGGAGAAAGAGGAGCAAGCAGCCCCCAGACCGACGCCUUUGUGUGUGCGUGUGCGUGUGUGUGUGGUUGUGCGUCUUGCGGGGAGACUUGUUUUGUGCGCGCCCUCCUCCUCCUCCUCCUCCUCCUCCUCUUCCUCCUCGGCGCGCCUUGUGUGCUUUGGGUGGUCCUUGUCGGCGGCGAGGAUGGACGAGCAAGGGCGGCUGAUCCAGGCCCGGGGCCCCGUGGGUCUGCCGGGCCACCCCUCGGUGCCGGGGGUCCAGGCCAUGGCCCCGCACGCCCUCCACGAGCCCCCCUCGGACAACGGAGAGCCCCGCAAGCAGGACAUCGGAGACAUCCUCCAGCAGAUCAUGACCAUCACGGACCAAAGCUUGGACGAAGCCCAGGCAAAGAAACACGCGCUGAAUUGUCACCGCAUGAAGCCGGCCUUAUUCACCGUCCUCUGUGAAAUCAAAGAAAAAACAGGACUAAGCAUCCGAAGUUCCCAGGAGGAGGAGCCUGUGGAUCCCCAGCUGAUGCGCCUGGACAAUAUGCUGCUCGCCGAGGGGGUGGCCGGGCCUGAGAAAGGUGGGGGCUCCGCAGCAGCUGCAGCAGCUGCAGCAGCAGCAGGAGGAGUGUCCCCUGAUAACUCCAUUGAGCACUCCGAUUACCGGAACAAGCUCUCGCAGAUCCGCCAGAUCUACCACUCAGAGUUGGAGAAGUACGAGCAGGCCUGCAAUGAGUUUACAACACACGUGAUGAACCUGCUUCGGGAACAGAGUCGCACGCGACCCGUGUCACCAAAGGAGAUUGAGCGCAUGGUCAGCAUCAUUCACCGGAAAUUCAGCUCUAUCCAAAUGCAACUGAAGCAGAGCACGUGCGAAGCCGUCAUGAUCCUCCGCUCCCGCUUCCUUGAUGCCAGACGGAAGCGACGCAAUUUCAGCAAACAGGCCACCGAAGUGCUCAAUGAGUAUUUCUACUCGCACCUGAGCAACCCCUAUCCCAGCGAGGAGGCGAAGGAGGAGCUUGCCAAGAAAUGCGGCAUCACAGUCUCACAGGUCUCAAACUGGUUCGGGAACAAGCGCAUCCGCUAUAAGAAGAACAUCGGCAAGUUCCAAGAGGAAGCCAAUAUUUACGCCGUGAAAACGGCUGUCAGCGCCGCACAGAGUGGGGGCGACUCCCCCAACACCCCCUCCUCCGCGGGCUCUGGCGGCUCCUUCAAUCUCUCCAGUUCAGGGGACAUGUUCAUGGGCCUGCAAGGUCUGAAUGGAGACUCCUACCCGACAUCACAGGUGGAAUCAAUGCGCCACUCGAUGGGGCCCGGUGGCUAUGGGGACAGUAUGGCCGCAACCCAGAUGUACAGCCCACGGGAAAUGAGGGCUAAUGGUGGUUGGCAAGAAGCGGCCACUCCGUCCUCCGUGACUUCUCCAACAGAAGGUCCUGGCAGCGUCCACUCCGACACCUCCAACUGAUUCUGUUGUGCCAUGCCUCUAUCUAAACCCUCUCCCAAGCCCUCUCUUUCAUGCUCCUCCUGGCUCCAGGGAAGGAAAACAUGCCUGAACUCAGCCGGGCAGGGAAAGGACUCUUUUCACUGCCAAGGGAUCACCAUGCUGGGGUGGGGAUGGGGAGGGAAUCCAGUACCGCACUCCUCAAGAUUCAAGGUGGCCGUGCUCCCUGGGGAAAAUAAGUCGGAAGCUGCCCGGUGUGAUCUAAAAAGAUGGUCUAUCCCA